CGGCUCACUUCUUCUCUGGUGUAGUCGUUAAGACACAGGAUACAGCGGUACCGAGGCGCAUCGACAGGCAAAUAAGGCUGAAAAGAAAAAAGUCACAGUUGCAGGUGGAUUUUAUUCUUCUGUCCUCAGGAUUGAUCCGUCCAUCAUCUCCACAGAGCGGCCGCCAGCGCAAUGGACCUGCUGCCUGACUUAUGGAGGCAGGACUACUGGCUUCCUCCAGGUGUGACCUGGAAGGACAUGGAACAGCUGGCAGACUCUGAUCGACCACUACCCCAGGACCUUCUCAUAGCUCUGCCACUCGCACUGGGCUUUGUCGCCCUGCGCUACGUGUUUGAGAGGUUUUUCGCCCCACCCAUGGGCAGAUGUUUAGGGGUAAAGAAUAGAUUGCAAGUGACUGCAACCCCCUCCAUGAAGCUGGAGUCAUUUUACACCCAGAGGAGCAGACAGCCGACACAGAGUGACAUAAUUAGUUUGAUGUCAGUGUGUGGCAAAACCCAGAGGCAGAUCGAGACCUGGUUCAGACUUCGCAGGAACCAAGACAGGCCCUGUCAAACCAAGAAGUUUGGUGAGGCUGCUUGGAGGUUUUUUUUCUACCUCGCAGCCUUUGUGGCUGGACUGGCCUGUUUGAUUGACAGAUCUUGGUUCUGGGACCGCAGUGAAUGUUGGAGGAAAUAUCCGAUUCAGCCCAUGGAGAGAGCUCAUUACUGGUACUACAUGCUAGAGUUGGGUUUUUAUGGCUCUUUGCUCCUCCGGAUCUCUGUGGACAUCAAGAGGAAGGAUUUUAAAGAACAGGUGAUCCAUCAUUUGGCCACCAUCUUCCUGCUCAGUUUCUCCUACUGUGCCAACUACAUUCGCAUCGGCACCUUGGUCAUGCUGCUCCAUGACUCCUCUGACAUCCUGCUUGAGUCUGCCAAGAUGUUCAACUACGGCUCUGGCUGGAGGAGAACGUGUGACGCACUGUUUGUUGUGUUUGCUGUGGUCUUCCUCGUGACUCGCCUGGUGAUUUUCCCCAGCAAAAUCAUCCAUACCACCCUGGUACUGUCCAUGGAGGUGUUUGAACCUUUUGUUGGCUACUACUUUUUCAACGUGCUGCUGAUGGUGCUGCAGGCUCUUCACAUCUUCUGGGCCGGCUUAAUCCUACGCAUGGUCUACAAGUUCCUGAAAGGCCAGCUGGAAAAAGACGAACGCAGUGAUGAAGAGAGUGAGGUGGAAGAGGAAGAGGAUGAUAAAGGAGGAAAGGAAAAUGUGGAUCAAGAAGGAGAUUACUGUUGGGAGAAAAGUAAAGACACCUUGAACUCCAAACUGUCUAUGCUGACUAACAGCUGUGUCCUAAAUAACUUGACCAACCACAGAGCGUCUGUAGCCGACAGAAUGCGUAAAGCUCAGUAAAGUGUGGAUUUUUUUAAUCACAUAAAGUCCCACUUUUGCUAUCUCAAAACUGAAACAGCCGUGGUUUACAUAUAGAGUGAUAGAGGAUGGAUGUGAGCCAUUAACCUCUUUUCUGCCACUGUGCCUCACUUUUAAUUGAGAGUGGAAUUAGACGAGUAAAGCGGUGAGAGUUCUAUCAUUAGUCUUUGUAAAAUGCUGAUAUAGCAGAGGAUAGUUUCGAUCUAUCGACCUCUGGGUUAUGGGCCCAGCACGCUUCCGCUGCGCCACUCUGCUACACACCCCAGAUGGGACUCGAACCCACAAUCCCUGGCUUAGGAGGCCAGUGCCUUAUCCAUUAGGCCACUGGGGCUGCUGCAGCUGCUGGGGAGCCCCUGUGAGCCCAGUUCAUUGUUCAGUGGCGGUAGUAACACUGACACUAUAAGGCUUUAUGAGUUAAGAUGGACAGGGAUGGUAGUAGAUGGUGUGUGAAGUACAAUCAGAGGAUCAUGAAAAUGUUCGGGGCCUGCCUGUCUGCCUGAGGUGUUUCUUCAUUGUAGCUUACACUGCAGACUGUUUACACUGUUUGCACUCUUUGUUAUUCAGCAAGUUCACAGAGCACAUUUGAAAACAGCAAAACAAAAGAUAUAAACUUGGUAGCUGAUGUAAGACCCAGUACAGACGCAUAGAAGUGUUUUUUUUAAUAUUGUAAAAUAAUCAAAUUGUUCCACAACAUGCGAUAGAUGUUUAAAUGGAGGAAAUAAAGUCAUAAUUUUACUCUGCCA